UAUGUGCCAAAAUAAGUGCUUCUCUCUCUCUGAGUCUGUUGUUCUGCAUGGGGGAUGACUGGCCAUGAAGAGGAGAGACAGUAACAAGAGGGUUGGGGAUAGGCUCUUCCUAGCCCUUCUGAGGGCCAUAUCCAGCCCCAGGAGAUGGGGUAGGAGCAGUGGGUGCUCCAGCUGUCAGCAUCACCAUCCUUGUGAGGAUGGAGCAGCAGCCUGAGCGGUGGCGGGACAGUGCCAUGACCCGCUGUCCCCCUUGCAGAAUUCAAGGUGCUGGUGUCUUGCCCUGCCUGGAGCCUGAGGUCCCGCGUGCCCAUCCGCCUCCCGACGUCACCAAUGCGACCAUGGGAACUGGCAGUGAAUAGGCGGCCGCCCUCUGCCCCUUUUGCCCAGCGCCGUUUCUCGGGGGGACCCUGCAGCAGCCCCGACCACCUCCGGCGAAGCCCCUCUGCCAGGCGUCAGUGGGGACGACGCGACCGACCUCUGGCAACCCUGCUGGGCCAGGAUGAGCCCCAGGUGCACCCUGCCUUCCCCCAGCAGCCGCACAUCCCUGUAGAUGAGCCCCGCGCCUACGCUCUUGCCAGCACGCCGCCACGAAUGCUUCACCCAGCCGCUCACCCGCCCCACCAGAACCCAUUCAUGGUGGAUCUGCAUGACCAGGUGCACCAGGGACCUGUCCCUCUCUCCUACACGGUUACCACCGUAACGACGCAAGGCUUCCCCAUCCACGCUGGCCAGCACAUCCCUGGGUGCAGCACCCAGCAGCUCCCAGCAUGCUCAGUGAUGUUCAGUGGACAGCACUACCCGCUCUGCUGCCUCCCACCCCCGCUGAUUCAGGCAUGUGCCAUGCAACAACUUCCCGUCUCCUACCAGACAUUCCCCCCCAUCAUCUCCAGCGACCAUUACAUCCUGCACCCACCCCCGCCGCCAGUGCCCCCCCACCAGCCGCCCCACAUGGCCCCCCUGGGGCAGUUCGUACCUCUCCAAGCCCAGCAUCCACGUAUGCCUCUGCAGAGGAUAGACAAUGACGUGGACUUGAGAGGGGAGCAGCACCCCAUCGCAGGCUUCACAUACCCUCCGUCUCACCACGCUCCCACGCUGUCGCCCUCCAUGCCACUGCAUUACCUCCCCCACGACCCGCUGCACCAAGAACUGCCAUUUGGCGUGCCAUACCCCCACAUGAUGCCCCGGCGGCUGAAUACCCAGCGGUACCGGCUGCAGCAGGCGCUGCCCCCACCGCCACCCCCUCCGCCGCCUCCUCCGUACUAUCCGAGCUUCCUGCCCUAUUUCCUUUCUAUGCUUCCUGUGUCGCCAACGGCUGUGGGACCCACGAUCAGCUUAGACCUGGACGUGGAUGAUGUGGAGAUGGAGAAUUACGAGGCACUGCUGAACUUGGCCGAGCGGCUGGGGGAGGCCAAGCCACGGGGACUCACCAAAGCAGACAUCGAGCACCUCCCGUCCUACCGCUUCAACCCCGAGAGCCACCAGUCCGAGCAGACCCUGUGCGUCGUGUGCUUCAGUGACUUUGAGGCCCGGCAGCUUCUCCGCGUCCUGCCCUGCAACCACGAGUUCCACGCCAAGUGUGUCGACAAAUGGUUAAAGGCAAACCGCACGUGCCCGAUCUGCCGGGCGGACGCGUCGGAGGUGCAGCGGGAGGCGGACUGAGGCUGGCAGGGGCGCUGUGCCGCACAAUUCGCUAGAGGACAAGGACGCCGGGCUGGGGCGGGGGCCGCUGCCCGCUGCUGGGGCCUGACCCUGCGCUUACCCCCCCUCCCCAAAGCCUCUCCUCGGAUGUGGUGAGCAUUGAGCAGUCCGGGCUCCCGGCCAGCCCUCCUCCUCCCCGCCGGGGCACGGACUCGGCCGGACGCCUGCCCGCUGCGCUCCCAGGGCCCCGAAUCGUGUUGUGCUGGAGGUGGGAGGUGCGUGGCCGUGCCCUCUGCGCUCCAAAGACGCUGUUGUUGCUCCAUCACUUUCCAGGUCUUUGUACUCUGCUAGGGAAUUAGUGGUUUUUCCCUUUGUCACUAUUUCUUUUUUUUACGAUAGUUUUUUUUUUCCCCUCCUUGUUUCCUUUUCAUUUCCGGCACGUUUUUGGUUCCUUGGCCGUUUGCCCUAGGGGCGCGCAGGCGGCUCCUCCCCUCGGAGGGGAGGAGAGAGGAGGGAGCGCUGCGGGUUUGAUGCCAGCGGCACCCCACCCCCGGGGACAGCCGGAGGAGGUGGCUGGCGGAGUGCGGCCGAGGUGGGACACCAGCAACCCCGUGGCGUGGCUGGGGCAGAAAGGCAGGAACACAGGAAUGCCUCUGUCCCCGCUCCUGUGCGCAGCCUGACACGGCCUUUCUCCUGCCUCGGCUGCCCUGGGGAGCCCCAGAGGCUGCCUGGGGGCUUUCGCCAGCGGGAGGAUGGUGCUGGCGCAGCCCCGGCCCCUCUCCCUGUUCAUUCCCCUGUGCCUGGCCAGCGCAGCUCCCGGGGCCAGGCCCUGUGGCAUCCCGCAAGGCAGCCAAGCUUGAGGAGGGGACACCACCCCCGUCCCUAGGGCUUUGGGCAUGUGGUGUCCCCGGUGUGCUGCCCGGCCCCCGGCUCCUGCUCGUUUCUCUGUCCCGACGACGUAAAUCAAGGUAGCCCCGUGCCCCGUCCUGCUGGCUGGACGGUGCGGUUUCCCCGGCCGGGGGGCAGCAGCAGCAGCGAGGGGCCGGCUGGGCUGCGGCCCCCGGGGGGGGG